CCUACAGCUCAGCUGGAUAGAGCCGGUGCGGCAGCAGCUUAAGCUAAGCUUGCGCGAUGUCGUCGUGGGCGCAGCACUCGCGGCGGGGCUGGAGGCACGGCUGGGCGGCGCGGGCGCUGUCAUCGGCGACGCUGCCGCCGUGGCGCCUGCUGGCCUUCUUCGCCAUCGUGGUCUCCUUCCUGGCCACCUCCUCCUACGUCGACUACCGGGCCGUCGAGCGCCGCGCCGAGAUCGGCGCGCGGGUCUUCGCCGCGCCGCUCGCCGCCAUGGCCGCCUUCCUCCUCUUCGCCGCGCUCGGGUACUGGCGCCGCCGCACCCGCUGGGCGCUCCGACGCCACGCCGUGAACGCCCAGCCGGCCGCGGCCUCGUCGCAGUCGUCGGGGGCGUCACCGUGGGGCGUGGCGGCGAUGGUGGCGGUGCUGCUGGUGAUGGUGACUUUCCAGCCCUGCGUCCACUCCAUGUGGUUCAGGCCGCUCUGGAGUUCAGACUACAGCUAGCUCCUAGCUCAUCGGAUGCUCUCCGUGUGUAGUACCUCUUCUUUUUCUUUUUUUGCAAAAUCUCCGGGUUGUGGUACUAUCAGUGUGCAUAAAAGUACUUUCUAGCUAGAGAUCAAUUACUACGUGCUUGAGAUAUACCGGUUUUGCUUGGGAUAUUUGUGUUUGAUCGAUGUGUAACCUCACGGUAUUACUCGCAUUUCAUAUGUGUCUGUAUGUUUGUAUUCUCAUUUUGUUAAAAUUUUGCGACUAGGUUCGGUUCCGGCCGCUCUCAGCAUCGUUACUCUGUUGAGAGCAUCGUGUACGGAGACACGAUCCAGAGGUCAUGUGUUGCGUUCCUUUCGUGCUUGUUGCUGUCAAGUCGAUCUUCAAGGGCGUUAUGUACGGCAUAAUUGGCGUGUCCAAGACGAUGCCUUUCUCGUGACCGUCCAAGUCCCGCCACCGACUCGCCAAUCUCUUUUAGGCAUUUUCAUGGGUGGAUGGUGCAUCGGCAAGUGUAGUCCAAGUGGGUGUGUUAUCUUCGAAGGCGGCAAGUGUUGGUCGAGACACGGCUUUGUAAUUCAGUUUAGGAUUGGCCCCUUGUGUUAUGGUUGUAGUGGUGUGGUAGCUUGUCAUCGGACUGCCCUGGUGUGUGUUGGCUUGUCUUCGAACUUGCCUCGGUGUGGAGUGGAGUGUCCACUGUACUCGCAACAAGGAUAGUCUUCUUAUAAUUUAUUUAUUUCUGGCA